AUGCGAUUUGUCCUCCAGGAUGGAUCUGAGGAGAUGCUGAUCCACGGUGCCGUUCACCUUGCACGUGUGGCCGGUUCCCUCGAUCGUCGUGUGGCCGGAGACGAUGCCGGCGGCAAGGACAAUUCACCAGGCUGGGUCUUUCGGGAAAGUCGAUACUGGAUGCCGGGGGACUCUUUAUCGUGGGGAUCGGCAGAAAUGUUAUGCCGGAAGGUUGGGGGAAACUUGGUCAGCAUUCACUCGAUUGACGAGCGGCUCUUUCUGCAAAAAAUCGCGAAACAGAACACUGGUGAGUUUGGGGAGCAGAUGACGUGGGGACUUCGCCGUGACGUCAUCCACGUCGUCUGCUCCCAUCAUCCUCCGCUGCUUUCAGUAUGGAUCGGGGCGAGGAAGUGGGACCGAAUGCGAGUUCCGCCCAAAUUCGUGUGGACGGAUGGGACGGAGGGGAUCUACGAGAGCCUGGCUGAUGAAGGGGUCCAGGAGCACCACGUGGGUGACAGGUGUCUUGCCAUGGCGCCUUCUGGGGAUUGGUCGUUGCUCUCUUGUUUCUUCUCUUUACCUUUCUUGUGCAAAGCGGAAUUGCAAUGA